GCGGACUUUGACCGCUCCAGAGCGGAACUGAGUUACUAUCACGUGACGCCGGGGCUCACGUGACUCGGAGUACACAUGAUUUCAGUCUCCCGGCGCCUCCUGGAGAGCAGAGGAGCUGGGGAGCCGAGAUGGCCCGAACCGCGCUGUUGCAGCUGUCCGUGUUGCUGUUCGCAUCCUGGGCUUCCCGAGGCGGAGCAGCCCCCGACCAGGACGAGAUCCAGUUCCUCCCCGGACUGGCCAAGCAGCCGUCUUUCCGGCAGUACUCUGGCUACCUCAAAGCCUCGGGCUCCAAGCACUUCCACUACUGGUUUGUGGAGUCCCAGAAAGAUCCAAAUAACAGCCCAGUGGUGCUUUGGCUCAACGGAGGUCCCGGAUGCAGCUCCCUGGAUGGCCUCCUCACAGAGCAUGGACCCUUCCUGAUCCAGCCAGAUGGUGUCACUCUAAAGUACAACCCUUAUUCUUGGAACUUGAUCGCCAACAUGUUGUACAUCGAGUCCCCAGCUGGAGUGGGCUUCUCCUACUCUGAGGACAAGGUUAUUGUGACCAAUGACACUGAGGUCGCCCAGAGCAAUUACGAGGCCCUUAAGGAUUUCUUCCGCCUCUUUCCGGAGUAUAAGAACAACAAACUCUUCCUGACCGGCGAGAGCUAUGGUGGCAUCUACAUCCCCACCCUGGCUACUCUGGUCAUGGAGGACUCCAGCAUGAACCUUCAGGGGCUGGCUGUGGGCAAUGGACUCUCCUCCUAUGAGCAGAAUGACAACUCACUGGUCUAUUUUGCCUACUACCAUGGCCUUUUGGGGAACAGGCUGUGGUCUUUGCUCCAGACUCACUGCUGCUCUCAGAACAAGUGUAACUUCUAUGACAACAAAGACCCAGAAUGUGUGACAAAUCUUCAGGAAGUGUCCCACAUCGUGAGCAACUCUGGCCUCAACAUCUACAAUCUCUAUGCCCCAUGCGCUGGGGGUGUGCCUGGCCGUUAUAGGUAUGACAAGGACACUACUGUGAUUCAGGAUUUUGGCAACAUCUUCACUCGCCUGCCACUCAAGCGGACUUGGAAUCAGGUCCUGCUGCGUUCUGGGAACAAAGUACGAAUGGACCCCCCUUGCACCAACACCACGGCUCCCUCUACCUACCUCAACAACCCGUAUGUGCGGAAGGCCCUCCACAUCCCCGAGCAGCUGCCCGCCUGGGACAUGUGCAAUUUCCUGGUGAAUUUACAAUAUCGACGUCUCUAUCAAAACAUGAACUCGCAGUACCUGAAGCUGCUCAGCUCACAGAAAUACCGGAUCCUGAUAUACAAUGGAGACGUGGACAUGGCCUGCAAUUUCUUGGGGGAUGAGUGGUUUGUGGAUUCCCUCAACCAGAAGAUGGAGGUCCAGCGCCGGCCCUGGCUAGUGGACUAUGGGGACAGUGGGGAGCAGGUUGCUGGCUUUGUGAAGGAGUUCUUAAACAUCGACUUUCUCACCAUCAAGGGUGCUGGACACAUGGUCCCCACUGACAAGCCCCUGGCCGCCUUCACCAUGUUCUCCCGCUUCCUGAACAAGCAGCCGUAUUGAUGAUCGAGGGGACAAUGAAAGCAACUUACUGUCUGACCAGCCCCUCUCAGGUCUACCACUAGGAGGAAGUUUGUUCUCCUUUACAAAGAAAGCACCCUGGGGGAAACCAGCCCACAGCACUGCUCCCACUUCCUGCACCCCAAGCACUGCAGCCUGGGCCCAGCAUCUCAGAGGGCUCGAGGCUGCUUAGCACUUUAUCCCUGCAGCAGUCCCUACCUGAGUGACCUGGCCCCCUCCCUGCCACCCCAACACAGCUCUCAGGACAGCCCAGAGGGAGGCGUGGACGGAUUGUAAUUGACAGAAAUGAUUAUGGAAUUAAAUUGAAUACAACUUCAGAA